AAUCGAAAGACUACGGAUACGGAGUACCUAGAACUAACUAUCCAUCCAUCUAUUCAUUCCCACCCCAUUCCCAUCCACUCCCACGGGUCUCAUCCACACACCCACCAACCAACCCUCUUGGAUUUCCGACCUCUCGACCUCUCGACCUCUCGACCUCUCGAACUCAGGACUUCUUAAUCUCCAUCUUUUCAACCUUCUGACUUGUUCUUUUCUCCGUCUUAAAUCACCCAAAAUCCACUCGUCAAGUUUAUCGACCAGCAGGACCCAAGUUUGACCACUUAGACCUCAAGAGCAAGCACCCUGAUAACCCCCUUCACCGUCGUAUCCCGUCACAUACCGUCACAUACAUCACUCCGCCCUCUUGUCAAACACUACUAUCAGUUGAAUGCAAUAUCCCAACAUUGAACUAUCGGACUGUCCAAUUACUGUAAGUCUUACAUAGUCCCCGAAAUUCUGCAAAGUUUUUCUAGUCAUCCUUCACGUGAGAGUAUUGGAUGAGGAAACGCUGGGUAGAGCAAUGUCUGAUUGGUUCUGCAAAGAAAAAGUUCGCAGCGCACCCAGAACUCCCAACCACGCAUCCAAGUCUUCAUUACCCAUACAUUUCUCCCAUCGCGCGUUCAACCUAGCUAUACACAUAACUACGUGGUCCGUUGGAAAACGCAUAACUUUCGAAACGUCCACGUAUGAUUGCAAGUUGUGAACAAGUUACUUGUGCAGUUUCCUCACUUCAGUAUCGCUACAUCAAUUUAUCAGAAAAGAAAAGAGAAGCAUUACCUUCGUAUUAUGUUGUCAAUUGCACUAUAGACUCGCACCCGUUUUGACUGAAGUACAAUAUCGACACGAUACAAGUCGCUACAUCGACCUGCCUCCAAAAUCCCAACUUUCACUUACUCGCUGUCUCCCAAAAUGCCAACAGGAUUAGCUGAGUUUCGCCUUCCUGGCCAUGUUGCCGAGAGAAAAGCUAUAGAGAGCUUGCCAGAAUUAGAUAUGGAUCUUUCGUGCUCAAUUCAUACACAAAACUCAUCGGCAUCUGAGCUACCAUCGCCAGUUACACCAACUUUCUCUACACGAGGCCAUAUGAGGCAUCCAAGCUCAGCUUCUUCAAUCGAAUCACAGUACCUCUAUGAAAGUCCGUCCUCGCCGACAUUCGCAACCAACAAAUCCGGCAAGCGAUCACUGCCUGAUGUUCAAGAAGAACCUCGUUGCGAACGGGAGAAUGACUUCAUGUUUGAGGACGACGACGAUAUCCCAGAUUGCGAUGAACUCUACAACUGCCUGUGUAAGUCCUAAAUUACGUCCAGACCUUCAUUCUUUAAUGACCUAAAACCUUCAUACAUUUAUUUACUGUUUAUCUCUUGGAUGACUACGCGGGGUAAUGAUAAUCGCGAAAACGCACAUCCACUGGGGCAAAGGCGAUAGGCUAAUCCUUGUUCUCGUGAUAUAUAGGCGACGAUCUGUAUUGCUUGCAUAGAGAUACGUCUAUGGCCCAAAGCUCAGUCCAUUUAUCUACCAAUCAAGACUCUUACUAUGAUCUUUCGGAUGGAUUCUUUAGUGAUGGAGAGUUUCCAUUAGGCCAGAGAUACAAGAAGAGGAGAGGAAACGAAUCGCCACUGAAUGGACUCACAUCUCGAUUCAAUAGCAAGUUUCCUUCCUUUGCCCGCAAAUGGAGUGCCCGAAAAGCCACGGGUUCUUCAGCAGCAUCCAUAUCAUCCGAUACCCAACGAGAUUAUGCAACUUCAAGGGCCCCUUCUAGUAGAUCCUCAUCGAGGUCUAACUCCGCUCGCAGACCUCUGGACGAUACUUCUGAUCUCCAUUUACCACCUACUCCAACCAGAAGCGUCUUUGGUAGCCGCGAUAAUAGCUCUACAACAUCCUUCCUCGAUAUCGAAAAGGCAAAAAGCGGUAUGUCGGAAUUCGAAGAAGGAUUGGCCGGCACGCCAUUGCUUCCACCUCUCAUGACUGAUGUCUUAGCCAAGGAGCAGUUCAAAAUGCAAUCACCAUUACAGUCACCAUCUGUCGCUGACACGAGUGAUUCGAUGUCUGGCGCCAACACGCCCAUUGAUUUCAUGAUUACCCAACAAUUACAUGGAAUGCCCUCACCGCCACUUAGUACUAAGCCAUCUAUUUCAUCCUUUCAUAGAUCAACAAUUAGAUCAAAUUAUAUAGUUCCCUCUUCAGAGAUUCCUGCCAUUCUGAUCGCUGAGGAGAACGAUGAGUGGGCAAACAAACUUGGCCAUGCUAACUUCGUCAUUCACCCCGAGCCUUAUGUCCCUGAGAAUUUUGACCUCGAAGCUUGCCGGCAACUACGAGCUGAUUGGGAUCUCGCGCGUUGUAACUAUACUAAGCAUAUUGUUCGCACAGGUGAACACUAUGGAGUCACUUCAAAAACUUAUAAGUUGACUGAGGAAAAAUGGGCUCAAACAGAUCUCAAAUGGAUGAAAAACAGUGAACUCACAAUUGCUACUACAGCCCAGAGCUCCACAGAUGCCUUUGCCACAUUGAAACACAACACGCUUGGCAAUGCUUCCUCAAGCAACGUCAUGACGAAAAUCCCAUCGCUAAACGACCCUCGCAGCGAAGGCAAAUUCCCUCAGCUUGGGGACGAAGAUAUCGUUGGACCAAUGGUUCAAGCUACCGCGCAACUUCGACGAAAUCCCAGCAAAACAACCAAGCUUCUCCGAUUCAUCACAGAUAAAUUCCCUGUGGCAUUAGGGAAGCCUUGAAUGUAAUCGAAAUCGAGCGUCUUAAGAAGGUCCUGGCCCUCACGAGCCGCCUUUUUUCCUUCUUGUUUUUACUUCUGGUCGGUUGAUGGUCGCACCGUCCCACCGCAUCUUUUUAACGACUUUACGAACGAAACGAAUUUUUACUAUACCCCAACGCUCCUUAACAGGCAACUAUCCUUGAAGACUAGCAACUUGAGAUUCGAGAUCUGCACUGUCCUUUAAGCAUUGUUAUCAUUCUUGUGUAUUGUUUACUAUUUUAUUUGAAAAUAUUCAUAAUCAUACUAUGCAUUGUUUCCUUUCACGUGUACUUAGUUUUUUGAUUACAUUUUCGUGUGCCGCAAUGGAGCUGGAGCGCAAAAAUAUCAUGGGGCUGGGAUAUGGUCCGGGCCUGGUCUGAAUGGCUUGGGUUUAGCUCGGUUUGGAAAGGAGGAUGGACAGGAGCUUGGUUUAUGGGACCGGAUGGGAUCAGGCAAGGAAAGGGGUAAAACCCCCUUAGAUGGACGCAUAAUGGGACAAUAGACACCUGUGCGCAUUUUUCUUGUAAUAUACCGGUAGCAGCGGAGGGUGGAGGAUAAUAUACCAAAGGAUAGGAAUGAGUUGAGAUAGAAAGGUGGUGGAUGUGGAGUGUGAACAUAAGGGCGAUCUUAUAGAACAGAGGGGAAGGAGCGAUGGGAAUGGAAAAGCGGUGAAACUCAAUGAGAGAAAUAUUCUGUAUCGCGCACACGCAACGCAAUCGCGACAAUCCUUCAAAAUCAUCUCCAACGAAAAUUCCAAUGUGGCAAAGCGCAAAGGAAAAGGGAGCGUACAUAUGGAUCCUUUAUGGUUAGUCAGUCAACAGCUUGAAUGAACGAGGUGGAAACCAGCACAGCGAGGGAGGAUUUAUUGAAUAUUAGUUCUAGAUACCCUACCAUUAAAAAAUGGAGAAAAGCAUUUUAUCAGAACCA